GCUCUCCCGAGCACUGACGAGGAGGAGGAUGUCUUGGUGGGGCAUGGAUGGAUAACAUGCAAACUCAAUUUUGGCGUAGAAUUGCGUCGUAGUCUCUGUCACGGUGAGAUGGGCACAGCGGCUUGCCCGCUGUUAGUUACAUCGGUCCGUAUAGUCCAAGAAACUGUCUUCCCUCGUUGUAGUUUGGAGAAGGACAAUGAUGAAGAUGGAAGAUAAAGAAUGCUCGCAACAGCAGACUGCACGGUUCAGCAGUGCCCAUUGAUAAUUUGUUGAUUGCAUACGGGCCAUAACACCUUGAGCUUAGCAUUACAUUAGCACUCGGGAAAUUCCGUCGAGCGUUGUUGGUCCCGGCCUUUGGGUCGAGUGGCCGGGAAGAAGUGGUAAGCGGAACAGGCACACAGUCAUGCGUGAAGUCACGUCUUUCUUUAAUACACGUGAGGACGAUACGAGCAGUAAGUGCAAGCAUUCAGCUAACUGCAAGCAGCCCUCAGAAUUUCCGCUGAGAGAAACGUGCAUAAUCGCAUCACUUCAAUGUAGAAAACUCUUCAUCGCCUAAAUGUACAUACCUAACGUUCUCCUGUCCAUGGAAAUGGAAACUCUCCUGCAAAUUCCUUAUCGCACUCCGGGGCGAGGUGCAUUUGUUUCCUAGAAAACACGAAAAGCUUAAGUCACAGCUGCAGAAUUCGUGUGGCCAAAUUGCCGUCUUGCUUCAGCGACUGAUCUUGGCAGAAAAGCAGAACAGUGCAUUUCGACUUUCGUUGGGGUCGAUGAUCUCUGCACUUCUCGUGGGGGAUGGAUGACACAUCACGCUCUUCUCUUACGACAUAUUUCCAUAGUCAAGCUCAAAAUCAUUAUUUCAUUGUUUGAUCUUAUUCCAUGGACAGGAGAAUGUCAGGUAUGUACAUUUCGGCGAGACUUCUUCUCAGGGUGGGGUAAUGUCCCCGUGCUUGAGUGAACCUCCCAUCAAUUGCUGACCAACCACGUAGCGAGAGGUCUUCUGGGGCACCCGUCUGUCUGUUACACGAGGACAUUCGGCGCCUCUCGCCAGCGUCGAACCUACUAUGACUGUACGCAGGCUUUGGGUCCAGCUGCAAAUACAGUACUGUACUGUCCUACCACGCUCGUGUACUUUUCCAGAGAACCACGUAGUUUCAAAGGACUAACCAGCAAGAGCAUAUUCAAUAAUUCUUCGAGUGGCUUUUCCUGUGGUGCAGAGUUCUCCUCUACCGUUGGAAUUAGUCAAAGUUUCUUCCUGAAUUGAGCCCGCAAUUCUUUCCGGGUUUCGUAGUAUAUAUGUUAUCAAGAGAAUGAAUCGGCACAUGCCUCGUCGCAAUGGAGAGGCCACUUUCUGCUUCAGCUUGACGUGCGAAGGUGGCAAAAACAUGGGUUCUAACCCGAGGAGAUGUGGUCAUGCCUCAACUUCUCGGUUCCCAACAAGUAACCACUCCAAACUGUGCUGUCACUCUAAUCACCACUGUAGUCGUAGACUAGUGAGUAGUUAUCCAACUUUAAUAAUUAUUAGGCCAUAUCACGAUAGGUCGGUGAAACUGGAGGAGGAAAAUAGAACAUUUCUAUGGAAAGCCAACCUAAUCGGAUGGUUUAUACUGUAGCCAGUUAUGGUCACCACCGUUAGCAGCAUCUUGGAAAUUUAUGUCAUUUCAAUUUUCCCGUCAAUUACUUUAUGGCUGCACUUUCUAGCAGAAUAUUUAAAAAAUGCGGCUAUGUGCAAAUCCAAAUUCAGCCGCCAAUUUAAACAAC